AGGUUCGUUGAGGCGGUACAUAACAGAUCUAGCUCUAGGAAUUCAUUUCUGUAUCCGCUGGAGAAUAUUCACGACAUCUUUUGGUCAUCUACUGUACCUGUACCAUCCGACAAUAACAAAAAAAGUGAAUCAUUGUUCUAUGAAAGAACCUCAUCAAAAAAAUGGUGAUAUACGACGACUUCUGUUCCGAGAUAGUGUUUUGAAGUUGGAUACGGUCGUAUUUACCAAAGUCGAACCGCCCAUUUAGUAUUAGCACUCGCGAAAAAUGGGCAAUAAAAAUAGGUUUCGACACCAGGGUGGGCAGCACCCUGCCCGGCACAACGGUGGUGGGUUCCAUCGGAAUGGAAACAGCAAUUUCGUCCCGGGCAAUAGUGUGAUCAAAUCGUUUGACAAGCAGCAUAACUUCCCGAACAACAGCAACAAACCGCAUGGAGGAGCAGGCUCAAACCCAACAAUAUCAUCGUCUUCAACAAAUAAAUCGCGGUCGUCGCCUGCGCGAAAAGUCGGCUUGAUAAACCCCCGAUUUUUCUGCUUCUACAACAGUUUGCUGCAAUGUCUGUACCACACCGACGAUUUUAGAGAAUACGUACUCUCGGACACCGCGAGCCGCGACCUCCGAAACGCGACAGAGCGAAAUAGCUCGAUUCCGCUCGAUGCGAAGAAAAGUGGCUGUCCUCUCGGGGACCACAGGCGAAAACUGGUGCGCGUCCAGGAGGACCUUCGCAGCCUGUUUCACAGCAUGAACAACUGUCCCAGGAACGCACUGAAACCCAGUGAUCAGCUGGUAUUUUUACUAAUUUCACGCUCGAGAAGUUUCAGGAUUUUGAAACACGGUAUUGCUCUGAGUUCGCCUCGAAUUUCUGACAUGAGCAUCACAAGGUCCACAAACCGCAGCUUUUGAUGUUGCGUGAUCCAACGCAUUUUUGCAGUUUUCGAAAACCAAAUUUCAUCAGAUUCAGAAGCUGUUCCAGGGGAGAAAUCACCACCGCUUGAUGCAGGACUCUCACGAACUGUUUAACCGAGUGAUGGCGCGUUCACACGAAGAAGUCUGCCCGCAAGCGGACCGCCGCAGUGAGGUGGAGAAGCACAGUUUCGGGCCGUACACGGUUUUCGGAGGCUUUCUGCAGCAGAGCGUCGUGUGCCAGAAAUGCCAUACGGUACUUACGUCGCUUGGGAUUGUAGUUAGAUGCAUCCCGAACGCAGAUGCAGAAAAUGUGAAGUCUCACUCCUAUGGUCAUGUCCUGCGUGUUGAAUAAUUGCGGCCAACUCGACAUUGCAGCAGUGUUUUUCUUUUUCUCCAAAAUAAGUACGACAACUUGAUCAAAAAAAAACAGGCUUCCAAGCGCACUGAUCCUGUGAUGGAAAUUUCUUUGAGCUUUCCCGUCGAGCAGAGGAACGGAGGUGGGCGGUCGUUUGGGAACAACAGGAAUCGCAUUCAGAUGCAGCAGCAGCAGCAGCACGGUGGCGGAAGCCAGAAAGUCAGUGUGUACGACCUGUUGCAGCACUACUUCAGGAAGGAGCACCUGUGUGGAGAAAACAAGUAAUUUGAAUUCCGCAUUUCUUGUUCCUAAUACCAUGCAUGGAAUUCGUCCUCGACCCGGAAAAAACCUAUGUACAUUAAGCUGAAACAUCGCAACAAUGGAACAUCAUCCUCUUUUUCAGGUAUCUUUGUUCGCACUGCAAGAGCAAGCAGAACGCGACCAAAUUCCAGCAAAUCCACCAGAUUCCGAAGCACAUGGUUUUUCAUUUGAAGCAAUACGACGACUGCGGCCGCAAGGUGAACAAAAAGAUCGAGUUGCCGCAAGUCAUCAAAAUGGGCAAAUACACUACGGCACCCGAUGAGGAGUGUGAGUACCAGCUUUACGCGACCCUACACCACAGCGGCGCGACGACCCAGGACGGCCACUACUACUCGUUCACGCGUGACGGGGCAGAGUGGUACUAUCAAAACUAGUUUUACUAGGCGUGGUUCUACUAUGUGAAAUGCAGUUCUUCACCUACAUGCCGUGGACGAGCAUGUGAUGUUUCAUAGGAAAAGGUCAUGGCAGAGUAAGCAAGGCUAUUCCACCAAGCCCCAAGUACUCGACGCAACUUGAUUCCCACUAUCUCUAUCUACCAAACUAACAGGACCUGCUUCGACGAUUGCCGAGUGAGCCGGAGUUCGUAUGAACAGGCGACGAAAUACAACAUUUCUCAGGGGCGGGGAAUGUUUGGCGGUAAUAUCACCGGCCCGUACAUGGCUUUUUACGAGUUAGUGAAAGGAAAACCGCGCAGCCUCCUGGAGGAGGAAAUGUCGCAGAAGUGCAAGAAGGCGAAUUUGGACAAGAAAAUCAAACAGCGCGCCGCGCAGGCUGCUGGCGGCGUGGAGAGGGAAAAAGGGAGGUCCGCCUCCGUCACUGCUGGCGGUGCGGCUGGACCGGAUGGUAUUCAAGUUAAGGUCGAAAUUAACGGUUUGAAAUGUAAAAAAGAGAAGCCAUCAGCAGUGUGCGGAAGCAAGGAGGAACCGCAUGAACAGGAUCUGCAGAAACAAAGCCCAGUUGUCGCUAGUACCCCCGCAGCUCAAGCGCAGCUCCCAGGCGACCAAACGUCCUCGGUCACAAAGCAAAGCAAAAAAGAGAGAAAGCUGAUGUUGAAGAAGUUGAAAAGAGCUGCUCUUCUAGAAAAGGACCCGGCUGCGGCUGCCAACGAUUCCCCUGAAGUUGAAACGACAUCAAGUACGACUGCAAAACCGAAUGAAGAAAAGAAGCGCGACGUCGCGACUGCUAGUUCCAAUACUUCCGACACAGUUCUACCCCCUGCACUACAAUCUCAACUACCUGGUGCUAAAGCGACUGCACCCGCCACCAGCGCGACGUCAUCUACUUCCUCUGCUCUACCGGCGACUGUUCGACCAUUGAACACUUCCAACUCCUCGUCUGGAAAAAUUAUGUUAGCAACACCUUGCCUGCUCCAAGGCGAAAAGAAAGAAACCUCCGCUAACGCCGCAACAGAAGCUAAUAGUUCCGGCGCUGCACCAGCACCACCAACUUUGCAACAACUUGCCUCAGAUCAGACGAACGAAACCAAAGUGAAGAACAAAGGUAGUCGUGCCACUUCUUCUAAGCACGACGUCGAGGCAAGUGCCACAUCCUCCACGACCGCAGGAGGAGAACCGCUUUCCCGCUCUUGCUCUGCGACAUCGGAAGCGGCGCAGCAGGUGAGCCACCCGAAUGCAAUUACCGGCAUUGUCCGACCCGGCACAACAGCGGCCUCCUCCUCCAGUACAGGAGGAUCUUCAACUGUGGGCAGCUCCACUCUGCAGCUGACUUCCAAUUCUUCCUGUGGAGCGGAUCAGAUCGAUGUGACUCCCUCGACCGCAGCUGGAUCCCCGUCGUACGGCAACGGAGGCGCAGGGGAAUCGUCGGUAGAAGAACCGAAGACGGAGCCCCCUGCGGCGGUCUCUGAGCCUCGCAUCGAAGAGAAAAUCGCUGUCGCUGGGAGCUGCGGCUCUUGUUCGUCAUCGUCUGGUCUGUCUGGAUCUACACCGUCUGAAGCGGGUGCGUCUGCAAAGAAGCGGAGACCACCGAGCUGCAGAGAUGACAAAAGAGAUGACGAAGUUGUUGAACGACCGAGUGCAACCGCAACGGCAACAUCUGUUGCUGGUGGCGUGGAAGUAGAAGAGCCUCCAAGAAAGAAGAAAAAGAAAAGACAAGAAGCGAAGGAGGCUCGCGAGGCGACAAAAGAUGAGCGAGAAGUUCUCCGAAAGCAGCUGCAGUUGUCAGACGCGAAGAAACUUGUCGUGCGUGAUGAAGCAGCGCCUGUACAAAUUUCUAGGGACCAGGCACCAGCAGCAGCCGCAGUUGUUUCGAGCAAAGCAGUCUCCGUGGGUGAAGAAAUGUUGUCGAUGCACCAGGACCACGCGAGGCAAGCUGCAGCUGAAGCAUCGACUUCGUCAGCCGCAGCAACGACUGAAAAGAAAAAGAAAAAAAAGAAAAGAAGCAGAACGUCAGAAGUGAGUCAAUCAAGGCUCCACCUGUGUGAAGAGGGAGAGGAUCACGCUGCUGAUGCUGUGGAGAUGAAGAAAUCCAGCGCUACAUCAACAUCCGCCACGUCAAUAGAAGCUGAAGUGCAUGAUCAGAAGAGCGAGCUUGAUACGGAGCCUGUCGAACCCGAAAAGAAGAGAAAGGUGAAGAAAAGCAAAAGACGGAGCACCUCAAGUGCCAGCUCUAUGAUGAAGGACAAGAUUCCAGAGCCAGAGCAGAUCGUCGAUGGAAACCGCGACGUCAACUCUGCUCGACCGACUUCCGAUAAAACCGGAGCUACUGAAAGAAAACCUGUCGACGGGAAAGAUGGAGACAAGGUAAAUUCUCAAACCGUGGUGGCUACAUCGAGAAACGAAGACUCUAAGGGCGCAGCGUCAGCCCCGGUUCUCUCGGACAUUACUCAUUCCAGCGAACAAGGAACGAAAACCGAUGCUCAGGGGCCAUCGAGGAAAGCUGCAAAGAAACUUAAAAAAGGAGAUGUUGACUACAGAAAACGAAAAUCAGGGGAUCACAAUACCCAAUAUGGGCUCAAUUCCGUGUCUGCUUGGUCGUCCGAUGAAGAAGUAGAAAAUGGCCCACAAAAGAAGCUGGUAUCGAGUGCCAAUUCCGAUUUCCGAAAGAUCCAACGGCAACUGCAGCCCAGCAUUGUCCAGCGAGAUGCGCAUGAUAUCGAAUACGAUCAGGGUAAGCGCAAGCACAAAGCAAAGAAUAAGAUGCGACAAAAUUUCCAGGGCCACCAGGAGGGCUUCAAUAGUGCUGGGCUGUGGAAAUUUGAGCAGCGAAAAAGCAAUCGGCACUAAGCGAAAAUUGCUUGAACAAAUUGCCCGCCUUGCGAAAUGUAUGUUUUACUGCGACGACAUAAAUAAAGAAAAAGAAAAACUGCACAGAAGAAGCGAAUUAUAUGCAAAGGACUGCAAUAAAAAUAAAUCCAAA